CCAAGAUUGGAGAAGUUGGUUAUUUCAAGGUGGAAGGGAGCUUUGGACGGUGGACGUUUGGAGAGAGAUAAGCUACGCUGUUUCUUAGUGGUGGGCCAUGAGAAAGGAAUGUGAUAUCAAGGGUGCCUGAUUGAGGUCACCAAUCGAAGACUCCAGAUGUCCAAUCGAGGGCACUUUUGGGCCAAGAUCCAUCAACGGUGGUGCACAAUACGGGAAAAGUGGGCCCCACUUGUCAGAAUAAAAAAAUAAUAAUCCAAGCAUCAUGUGCGAAGACGCGCAUCUUUAUUGAUUUUGAAGAACUGCUUCCUACAUCCGUCUCUCUCUUCCACACCAACCAAUCUCGAAACACCACCAAAACAAAAGAAAAACACCCUCAAAUCCUUGCAAAAUCACAAAAAUACCCACUGCCGGCAAAAUUCCCACAAAUGGCAUUAACAGCUCCUCCUCUUCUUUCCCAAGUUCUCCUCCCAAAACCUCUAAAAUCCCCAAAAUACCCCUCCCUCGCUAUCCCACCACCCCUCUCUGCAAGAAGAACGAAAACCCACCUUUGCUGCAGCAGCAGUAGAAACCCCAUCUCUGAUCCAGAGCUUGCAUCAGAGCUAGCAGCAGAGGUUGCAAGAAUCAACACCCCAUUGGUGCAGAGGAAGGAGGCCAUGGAGAAGAGCAGAGACCUCCUCUUUGUAGAUUUCUGCCAUUACCUUGGACUGAAAGCAGAUGAUGUGAAGAAAAGAUGGAGAGACUUUGGAGAAGAAGAGAAGCUGGAUUGGGUUAGAGGGUUUGUUGCUGAAUGGGGUGUGGCUUUCCAUCCACUGUCUCUGAAAUCUGUGAAAGAAAUGGUGGAAGAAUGCAUUGGUGAGGGAAACCCAACUCCAGUCUCUCCUUUUGACGGGUUUGCUAGAUUAGCAAAGGUUAUGAGGUUGUAUUGAGCUAGUUGGGGUAUUUUGGUCAUUAUUGGUAACUUGUGAGGGAAACCCAUCUCCCAUUUGGAGGUUUGCGUUCAGAUCUUGCUCAUAUGGUUGGUUUCACCCAACAAGUUCAUUGCUGACAUUUGAGCAUUUUGCUGAAUGGGGUGUGGUUUUUCUAUCUAUUGUCUUUGAAAUCUGUGAAAGAAAUGGUGGAAGAAUGCAUUUUCGAAGAAAACCCACCUCCCAUUUCUACUCCUUUUGUUGGGUUUGAUAGAUUGAAAUAGGUUCUGAGGCUGUCUUCAGCUUUUCUGGGGAUUGAUAUUUCCAUCCCUUAUAAUUGUUUGUUUUACCCCACGGGUAUUUUGGUAAUUAAUGGUGGCAAGUGAGGAAAACCCAUCUCCAAUUUGAUGGUUUUUCUUGAGCUCCUAUGGGGAUUGGUUUUCCCACCAUGGCAUAUUGUUGGUUCCACCCUACAAGGGUAUUUUGGUCAUUGUCUUCUGUGGAGGUUGUUGCCGAAAGGGGGUGUGGUUUUCUAUCUAGAUGGUCCAUGAAAUCUGUGAAAGAGGUUGGGGAGAAUGUGUGGGUAAGGAAAACGCACCUCUCCAAUUUCAUCUCCUUUUUCUGUCUUUUUCCUAAUUUGAAGGGAAUUAUGGGAUUGCCUUGAUCUUUAUAGCAUUGAUA